AGGCGCAUCACUCGGCAUCACUGGGCAAACAAAUCCGAGGAAGACCAACUGGCGCGUGCAUCUGCCCAACUUCUAGCUGAAGAUACGUUCGGCAUUCUACGAAUUUGAGUGACAUGCGCACUCAGAUUCUUGAAGCUGGCCGUCUGCAAUGGACGAGGAGGCGGAUCUCUGCUGUGUCAUCAGUUUUUCCCAAGAAGUGAAAUUGUCCAAUUUAUCAGGUUGGUCUUCAUCUCCGGCGAGGGAGAGGGAGAGGGAGAACGAGAGUGUGCCUUCGGCUGACGUGGGAGGAGAAUCGCAGCUCAAUGGGCGCCAAGUGGAUGCCAAUCAACCGUCCACGUGUCGGCACGUGGAUGCCGAUCAACCGUCCACGUCGCGCCACGUGGACGCAGAUCAACCGUCCACGUCGCGCCACGUGGACGCAGAUCAACAGCCUUCUGCUGCAGUGGUGGAGGGUGGUGCUCAUUUAGAACCCGAAGUGAACUCUGACGUGCGCGUAGAGACGUUUGAGGGUCAGAGAGGGCAAGCUUUGCCAUUGAUUCAGGAUGGAGGAGGAGGAGGAGGAGGAGGAGGGGGUGAAGGGAGGGUUCGAUCUGAUCUGCUUGGGAGGCAAGAUGUGCAGUCGGAUGAGACGAGGUUAGCUGUCCCAGGAGCACCAGAUGGAAGAGGAGGGGGAGGAGGAGAGGGCAGAAGAGGGGAAAUGGAGGGGGAAGAAGGAGAGAGGGGAGGGGAAGUGGAGGGGGGAGGAGGAGAGGGAGGGAGGGAAGUGGGGGGGGAAGGAGAAAGUGGCCAAGAGAGACGAAGAGAAGUAGCAGGGGUAGGAGUGGGAGAAGCACGAGUAGGUGUGGAGGUCGUGGAGCCUCAGAGAAGUUUAGCUGGGUCGACGGAUGGAGAAGCGAUCGGGAUCGGGGCCGGUGAUGUAGCGAACAAGGCGACGGGGGCAGACCGGGCGGACACGGUAGAAAAAGGACGGGAUCGGGAUGGGGAGCUGGCCCCUUCGACGUCAAAGGAUGGAGGCUUGGAUGGACAUCUUUUUGAAACGAGUGCCCCCGGUGUCAAGGAAAGGAUGUCAUGUCCAGAGGACAGACGAGAAGCAAUGGAGGGGGGAGGAGGCGCAGUGGCGCGCAUUGCCGAUGGACAUGGAGGCUUGGAUGGACAUCUUUUUGAUACGAGUGCCCCCGGUGUCAAGGAGAGGAUGUCGUGUCAAGAGCACAGACAUGAAGCAGUGGAGGGGGGAGGAGGAGGAGGAGGAGGAGGAGGAGGAGGAGGCGCAGUGGCGCGCAUUGCCGAUGGCGCACAUGGCUCAGCGCGGGAACUUGUUGAUCAAUCCAGAGGAGCAGCGGCGGCGUCUGAAGAAGAAGAAGACGACGACGAAGAAGCAAGGGGAAGGGGAAACUUUGGCGGGGGAUCGGUUUGGCGGGAAAGCGAGGUUGAUGAAAUUUGGCGGGAAAGGGACCGUGACGAAAUAUGGCGGGACAGGGAGCUUGAUGAAAUAUGGCGGGAAAGCGAGUGUGACUUGGCGGCGCGCCAGUCAUCUGAGAUUGGUGGGAAAGACGCAAGGCCGAUGAUGAUUACGACAGCGUGUCCCGAUCCCGCUUCCUGUGCUAAUCCGUCUGCUGUCGAGGCCGCAGACCCGGAUCCUCCGCCGCCGCCCUCUCAUCUUGUGCCACGUGUACUCAGCGUGGCCAUGGCGAUGGUGGCGGUCGAAUCGGCGGGAAAAUGCGCGGGAAUACGAGAUGCUGACGUGGCUUUCGAUAUUCGCGCGCAUUUGGACGCGCGCUCUGGUGUAGUAGGCUCAGCCACCUCGUGGCCAUGGAGCGGUCAUCAAUCAACGUGUGCUGCUGCUGACGUGGACCAACGUGGAUGUGCUGAAGCAGCAGCAGGUAUUGCUUCUUUCCAAUCUGCCCUUCCUUCAUCAUCAGCUUGCAGAUCAUCAUCAUCGGGACAGCUGCGUGACGACGGUCACGCGGCAACCACCACCACCGAACUCGGUCAUCCUUCAGCUGAUGUGCGAGGAGGAAAUGCUGCUGACGUGGACGUGCAUAUGCCGUCCGCAGCCGCAAGAAACGCCAACGACACGUCAGCUGCCAACGAGUCCCGGCCGCAUUUUUUCACUCGCAGAUCUCGACCUGUAUUAUUUGAUCUCAAUGUCGCGACGACCGCAUCCGGCGAUCUUCAAGCCGAUGACGGCGUGGCGAUUGCAGAUGCUGCUGACGUGGACGUCGAGAGCCCGAUGGUACGAGCCGACAACGCGGUCGCAGAUCCCGACCGGCCUUCGAGCUGCAGACCGAUCUUUGAUCUCAAUUUGGCAACCACGGCAUUUGAAGAUGCUGCUGGCCAAGGAGAUGAUGACACGUCAGCGGGUGGUGACGUGGCGACCAUGGAGGAACUGGACACGUCAGCAGCCGCCGCCACGGUGGACAUGGAGCGAGAACGGGUGGACACGUCAGUGGCGCAGAAGAGGGACACGUCGUCUGCUGACAUGGUGGUGACGAGCGUGGAGGUAGCGAAAGCUGACACGUCAGCAGCCGCCGCGAUGAACACGGAGCGAGAACAUGGAGCUGACACGUCAGCUGCUGACGUGGCGAGCAGCGAGGCAGAGAAGAAGGCGGACACGUCAGCUGCCGACGUGGCGGCCAUGCAGGCGAAGAAGAUAGGAGGCGCAGCAGCUGCCGACGGGGUGAGCAUGGAGGUGGGAAAAAAAAUCGGCACGUCAGCUUCUGCGAUGAUGAGCAUGAUGGAGCAGGAGAAAGCCGACACGUCAGCUGCCAUGUCGGCGGUGAGCAUGGAGAUGGAGGUAGAGAGGGUGGACACGUCAGCUGCUGCCGAUGCGGCGAGCGUGGAGGCAGAGAAGGCUGACACGUCCACUGCCAACGUGGUGAGGGUGAGCAUGAGGUCGCAGAAGGCCGACACGUCAGCAGAUGCAGAUGCAGUAGUGAGCAGGGAGGCAGAGAAGGCGGACACGUCAGCUGCCGACGUGGUCAUCAGGGAGGCAGAGAAGUUAGCAGCUGGAGCUUCAUCUCUACCGGAGCUACCGAGGGAGCUCUCCACCCCAGCGCAAGUGCCACUGGGACACGUGGCACUGGAUGAUGACUUGGCAAUGACUGACGUGGCAGUAAAUGACGCGCCGAGGGUAAAUCUCAUAUUUGGUAAGGCAUCAUCAUCGCGUGACUUGGGAGGACAUGCUGCUGGAGCAGUGGAAGUCGACGACUCCGGAUGUGAAGGGCGUGAGGGGGGAACCAUCACCUCCUCCUCCCCUUUUAUCUACCCGAGACCAGCGGUUGAUCACCAGUUAACAGCUCGACGGGCGUCGAGGAACGCAUCUCGCAACCCCAUCGAACCAGGGUUCAAACCUGGUACCAAAGCUGGUACCAAAGCUGAGGACCAUAACAGUGAUGCCGACUUUCCUUCCUUUUCUGCUGCCAACGGAUGCCCAGAUUUCCUGAGAGCUUGGUUGCGAUGGGGUGCAGCUAGAAAAACGUAUGAUUAUGAUGACUAUAAGGAGGAUGAAGACGCCGAGGAGAAGGAGAAGGAGGAGGAGGAGGAGGAGGAGGAGGAGGAGAGGGAGGAAGGAGGAGAGGGAGCAUACUUGUUGCUGUCCUUAACCGGUCGAAGGGAGGGUUUAGUGCAUAGCCCACUACCGUUCCUUGCCAAUGGGUGCCCAGAUUUCUUGACAGCAAUGCUGAGUAAUCGAAAACUAGCGGCGGCAGAUAACAGUUGCCUUGUUGAGGAGGAGGAGGAGGAGGAGGAGGAGGAGGAGGAGGAGAAAGGAAAGAAAAUGGAGGAGGAGAAAGAUGGAGAAAGAGAGGAAACACAGGAGGAGGAGAAAGAAGGGAAGGAAGGCAAAGAGUUGGAAGAGAAAGAAGAGAAGCAAGAUGAUAACGAGGAAGAGGAGAAAAAGGAGGAGAAAAAGGAGGAGGAGGAAGAGGAGGAAGAGGAGGAGGAAGAGAAGGAAUGGACGGAGUCUAAGUUGAGCGGGGAAGGCAAAUCAGUCAAUGAGCUUCUGUCCAGAAGACACAGUGCAAGACUCUUGUUUAAGAAGGAUGCACAAGUGGUCAAGCCUUCACCCAGGGGGGUGCAAUAUACGAGAAGAAGCAAACGUUUGGAAAUGAAAAGCCAGAUGGGGGAGAGUAUUUAAAGUUGAUGUGCUAAUAUAAUGAUUGUUUCCAAUGAGAAAAAAAAAAAAAAAAAAAAAAGAAAGUUGAUGUGCUAACCAAGAAUAAAAGGAAAAGUUAAGU